AUGACUUUGAGUAAUAUGACAUUAGUUAAAAUCGGAGCCGUUGGAGGUGUCGCAACAGUUACAAUGGGACUUUUGUACAAAAAUCAAAUAAAUUAUAAUGUUAAACAUACUGACUUUUACAAAGAUGCUUUAAAGACACUUAGAACACACAGAGGAGCUGUUUAUUUAUUAGGUGAACCUAUUAAAGAUAGAAUGAUUAACGUGGGAGAUGUAAAAACGAAUUUUGUUCAGGAUUAUACAGCUCAAUACAAAGUGCCAGUGAAAGGUAGCAAACAAAGCGGUUAUUUAUAUUUUUGGGCUGAAAAGCACGAUUCUAAUAAGUGGGAUGUCGUUAGAAUGGAACUGGAACUAGACAAAGAACCUAAUAAAAGGUUACUUAUCAAAUCUUCAUUUCCUCAUAAUUCUUGAGUUGUCUAGUUUAUUUAUGUUAAUUAGAAUAUUAAAUUUGUCUUUUAUAUUUUCUAUCUAUAAUUAGUAUGAGCAGCUUAUAAAUUAUUUAAUAAAUAUAUUAAGAUACCUUAAUAUUUGUGUAUUUUGUCGGAUUUCCUUCUUCACAUUAUUUUUUGUCAAUGAAAGUAGUAUAGGUAUUCAAAUUGAUAAAAACUGAUAUUAAUAAAUAUUAUGUCUAAUUUUACCCAAAAUAAAAA